AGGGGCUUGGGUGCCAGUGCCAACCACACUGGACAGGUGAGGCACAGCUUUACUCGCACUUGGACAUGGCGGCAGAAACGAUCAACAGCCAUCCGACAGCUUCAGGCAAAAACCAGCCCGGUGAUGCUCGGGAUACUAGGAGGUUUGACAGAGGGCAUCCGAGGGUGCCAUGCGAAGACAGCAGAGAACCACACCCACUAAAGAAGGCCGGCCUAUUCUCGAAGUUAUUCUUCAUUUGGAUGUUUGGAUUCUUCCGCCGAGGCUACAAGAGACCUCUCGUCGAAGCAGACUUGUAUGACGUUCUUCCUGAGGACUCCGCUGGUGUUUUGGUUGGUAAACUCGAGAGGGAGUGGAAUAAAGAAAUAGAGAAAAGUAAAGCAACUGGAAGGCUUCCGUCUCUUCGAUGGGCGCUACUAAGAGCCUUCGGUCGGAAGAUAAUGAUCUUCGGCAUUCCUGUUUUCCUGGAGGAGGUCAUCUUGAAGAUGGCCCAGCCGCUGAUGCUGACUCGUCUGGUUCUGUAUUUCUCCACGGACACCGUGUCGACCACGGAAGCCUAUUUGCAAGCGGCUGGCAUCUCCCUUGCCGCCCUCCUCAUCCUUUCGAUCCACCACUAUAGCUUCUUUGUCUUAAGCAGCAUGGGCAUGAGGAUCAGAAUUGCCUGCUCCGGUCUCAUCUUCAGAAAGGCGUUACGGCUCAGCAACCUUGCUUUGGCAGAAACAACAAUUGGUCAGGUGGUAAACAUCUUAUCAAAUGACGUCAACAGAUUCGAUGUUGUCUUCGACUUCAUACAUUACCUUUGGACAGCCCCCGUCCAGUUGGUUGUAUUGGCAGUCUUAACGUGGAGAGAGAUUGGUGUUUCUUGUGUGGCAGGUCUCUCAAUUUUGAUCUUGAUGGCGCCCCUUCAGAGUUACGCGGGAAAAUUGUUUUCAAAAUUCAGAGCAAAAACGGCAUUGCUGUCGGAUGCACGGAUCCACAUCAUGAAUGAAGUGAUAUCUGGGAUGCACGUUAUCAAGAUCUACGCGUGGGAACAUUCAUUUGGAAAACUUGUCUCUGAAAGGCGGAGCAAGGAGAUACGCAAGAUACUGCAGAGUGGAUACCUACGCGCCUUCAUCCUAGCCUUCCUCUUCGUCGGUCCUCUGUUGACGACAUUCGUGACGUUCGUGGUCUACGCCUCCCUGGGCAACCCCAUCACACCGACUAAAGUCUACCCGGUCCUCUCUCUGUUCUUCGGCGCAAGACUCGGCCUGACAAGGUUCUUCCCGAACGCGGUAUUGGCGAGUUCGGAAGCACUCGUUUCCGUUCGUAGAAUUCAGAAAUUCUUACUGAUGGAAGAUAUUGAAAGACACGUUGGCGGGCCUACAGAGGGCGCCUGUGACAAUGAUGUCAUGGAAGACCCCGCCAUUCCUUUGGCCGCGAACGGCAUCUUUUCCUCGAGCAAAGGUCAAAUUGAAAACUCCUCGCGAGAUGGGACAGACAUCUUGGAACGCCCGGAGAAAGCGCCAAAAAGCAGAGCUUGCCUGAUUGAGGCCGAGAGCGAUUAUGAGCUAUCGGGGUUCGUGGGACCCGCUGGGUACCAGGAAGAAGAAACUUAUACAUCUAAUAACGACGUGGAUGAUGGAACAAGAAUUGUAGCGAAGAAUAUUUACGGAUCCUGGAACAAGGAUGUCAGUGAAUCAGUGCUGCAAGACAUCAGUUUCCGUGUUGAGGCAGGGCAGCUGCUUGCGGUCAUCGGGCCCGUUGGGUGUGGUAAGUCGUCCCUUCUGAUGGCCCUGCUGGGUGAGCUGCCUACCGUAUCAGGAGUCAACGUCUUGAGUGGUCGGGUUGGCUAUACGGCGCAGCAGCCCUGGAUUCAGUCUGGCUCGUUAAGGGAAAACAUUCUCUUUGGGCAUCCUUAUUCGCCGGCAAAGUACCAGCACGUCAUCCAACAGUGUGCGCUUAACAGAGAUAUUGAGCUACUACCAGACGGCGAUCAGACGCUGGUCGGUGAGCGUGGCGUGACCCUUAGCGGAGGUCAGAGGGCAAGGGUCAGCUUGGCCAGGGCCGUGUAUAGUGACGCUGAUGUAUAUCUACUGGAUGAUCCUCUGAGUGCUGUAGAUCCUGCAGUUGGUCGACACCUCUUUCAAAAGUGCAUUCUACAACAAAUGAAGGACAAAGCUAGGAUUCUCGUCACCCAUCAGCUUCAGUUCCUACACAAGGCUGACAAGAUUCUCAUCCUUAAACAGGGCAAAGCAGCUGGCUACGGGACCUACCAGGAGCUGCAGGAAGAUGGCGUGGACUUCGCUGCUCUCUUGAAGAAACAGUCUGAAGACAGUGACUACGAUGGAGCAAAUGAGCAGGAUGUAAAUCCAGAGGCGCUUGAAGACAAGAUGUCCAUCAGCGCAGAUGUUUCGUUUUGCCCAGACCAAAACGAGGUAGACACACCUGUUGAUAUUGUCAAAGAGGAGAUUGCGGUCGGUAUCGUGGAAUGGAUGGUAUACAUCCGGUACUUCAGGGCCGUUGGUGGAUUCUUGAUUCUGCUUUUCUGGGUCAUUGUCAUAGUCGGAGCACAGGCACUUCUAUCUUACACGGAUCUCUGGCUGGCCAUGUGGGCGAACGAGGAAGAGAAGGAUUUAGCAGUCAGGAAUCUUACGAUUCAGGAUUAUCAAAACGCUACCGAGUAUGAACACCGGUCCUAUUACAUCAGGAUCUACGCCAUUUUGUGUGGAGCCACCACAGUCGCCAUUUUCCUACGUAGCUUUCUGUUCUUCCAUUUGUUGAUUACCGCCUCCAAGGUUCUUCACAACCAAAUGUUUUCCGCCAUCAUCAGAGCACCCAUACAGUUCUUCGAGACGAAUCCAGUUGGUCGGAUUCUGAAUCGCUUUGCCAAGGAUAUCGGCAAUAUGGAUGAUCUAUUACCUGCUGUCUUCACCUUCUUUUUCCAGCUCAUUAUAAACGCCAUUUCCGUUGUCAUCUUAGUUUCCAUCUUCAAUCCCUUCUGCCUUGCCUUCACCACGCCGAUUUUACUCAUAUUUGUCGUCGCGAGGCGAUUCUACUUAGCGUCUUCACGAGACGUUAAAAGAUUAGAGGGGAUAGCUCGUAGCCCCAUAUUCUCUCACCUGUCAGCCACUCUGAGUGGUCUCAGCACGGUCCGAGCCUUCAAGGCCCAGCAGCGAUUCACAGCGGACUUUGACAGGUUCCUGGACGGCCACACCAGGGCCUGGUCCCUCUUCCUGGCUUCGUCUCGCUGGAUCGGACUACAGCUGGAUUUUUUAAGCAUCUUUUUCAUCUCUGGAGUCAGCUUCUCCAGCAUCAUGGCUGCCCACCUUCUGAAUCUCAACUCUGGCAUUGUGGGGCUCUCACUGACCUAUUCCAUCAGCCUCUUGGGGUCAUUCCAGUGGGCAGUUCGACAAAGUGCAGCGAUUGAAAACCUGAUGACAUCAGUGGAGCGUGUGUGCCAGUAUAUCGAUAUCAGGCCGGAGGCUCCGCUGGAAACCGAUCAUAAGCCUCCCCGUGACUGGCCACAAGAUGGCGGCAUCACGCUACAAGAUGCCUCCCUGCGAUUCAACGAUGACGGGCCACUGAUACUGCAGGACAUUAACUGCGUCAUUAAGCCGAAAGAAAAGGUGGGCAUUGUGGGGAGGACAGGUGCCGGCAAGAGCACCCUGAUGACAGUGUUGAUGAGACUGGCCGAACCCACAGGUACCAUCAUGAUAGACGGUAUCAACACAGCCCUGAUAGGACUGCACGACCUCCGCAAGAAAGUCUCAUUCAUCCCACAGGACCCAGUUCUGUUCAGCGGAACGCUACGCAGGAACCUGGAUCCUUUUAAUGAACAAUCCGAUGCUGAUAUAUGGAGAGCAAUUGAAGAGGUGGAGUUGAAAAGGGUUGUUGAGAAGCUACCAGACAAGUUGGAGGUAAUCUUGACAGAGGGAGGCACCAAUUUCAGCGUGGGUCAGAGGCAGCUACUGUGCCUGGCUAGGGCUAUCCUACGCAAGAACAAGAUCCUCAUAGUGGACGAAGCCACAGCCAACGUGGACAUCAGAACUGACCGUUUGAUUCAGGCGACCAUCAGACAGCGGUUCAAGCACUGCACAGUCCUGACCAUAGCUCACCGUCUCAACACAAUCAUGGACUCCGACCGAGUCUUGGUGCUUGACGCAGGGCGGCUUGUCGAGUUUGACGAGCCUUACGUUCUGCUCCAGAAGGAAGACGGCAUCUUCAACAAGAUGGUGCAAAAGACUGGCAAGGCGGAGAUGGCUAACCUUCUGCAGAUUGCUGAUGAUACAUACCACAGGAGUGCCAACCACAAACUCAAAUCCUUGGAUGAACCAAUCUGCGUGUGAAAUGAACUGCACCCUUUGGGUAUACGGACCACAUGAUGGAUCAGUGAUAUGUUUUGAAUAACUGAACACUGUAGUAUUGGCGUAUAUGAUUUACGGUGAUCGUCGCCAUUAUGUCCAGGGUGUUGUACUUGAUAUAUUGUUUUUAAUGUUAACUUUUUUUUCAUUGCAAUCAUAAUUUGCACCGCAGGAAAACUGUUUAUGUGUGUGACUUCAGUAUAAACGUCAAUUAUAUAAUUCGAUGAAAAUAUACGUAUAGGGAUAGUAUCCAGAAGUAAACUAGAUGUAGACACUCGCUUCGAUACUCGGGUGGGCUCCGCGUCGAUCAGAUUGCUACCAGGACUAGUAAGCAGCUUACAACAGAGUACCUUUCAUUUCAUUUUGAAAAUAGACGCAGAUAUAUUGGAACUGUUUUAUAUCCGGAUCUUUGUAUUAUGUGGCAAACGAUAAUCGUAUCAAUUAUUGUUAAGAUAUCGAUCAUGCGGAUUGCAGAUCGAAAGUUGCUACUUUUGAAUUUCUGAGUAAUGGGCUUUCUCGGUAUUCUCCCUUUAUUCAGCCAUUCCGAAGGGUUUGGUCGUGUUUGCACUCAGCAAAGGUCUAGCAAAGGUCUUUUAAAUGAACUGCACCAUUUGGGCCGAAAAUACAGCAAACAAACAGACUCAUUUCGAAGUACUUGAAAGUUUCCAGUGCGCAUUUGCAAUCGUUAAGAUCGGCGUAUUGUCUACUUUUAUGCCAGGGACGGAUCUGUCAAAGUCAGACUCACUAAUUCCAUCUAUCAAAAUCAUGGAAAUGCUAUAAUCCGAACUUACAUGGGAAGGUUGCCGUUCUCACGCAAGACACAAAAGUUACAGUAUAAAUGUUUUAAGUCACUGUAAAGCAAAAUAUAUCUGAGAAUAGACCACUAUCGUGUUGCGGCCAUCUUGAUUUUUUCCCAUUCAAAUCAACGUAAC